AUGGAAGAAGGUGAUAUUGAAACUAAGGCUACUGCAACAUCACACAGUCCCACUACUCGAGUAGAGAAUGCCACAAAUAAUAAGGGACAAAAACAAGCACCGGCUAGGAAAAGGAAGAAGCAAAGAUCUGAAGCUUGGAAGCAUUUUACAAGGAUGCCACUUGAGCAAACUAAAGGGAAGCACCAUGCCAAAUGCAAUUAUUGUGGCAUGGAUUAUGCGAGUCAUCCUUCGAACUAUGGGACUAAAGCACUUUGGCGGCAUUUUGAAAAGUGCCCAAAGAAUCCAAACAAAGCCAACAAGAUGACACAAUCUUUAUUCUCUGUUACUUGUAGCCAAACAAUGUCUACACAAUUGUUCAAUCAAGAGAGGUGCAGGAAGGAUCUUGCUAAAUUUAUUGUAAAAGAUGAGAUGCCUUUUCGAGCUGUGGAAGGGGAGGGUUUUAAAGAACUAUUGCACGGACUUGAGCCUAGAUUUCAAAUCCCUUCACGAUGGACAGUUGCUAGGGAUUGUUACAAGUUAUAUCUUGAAGAAGCAAGACAUCUAAAGAAAUAUUUUAAGAAAUUUAAAGUUCGUGUGUCCCUUACCACAGAUUGUUGGAAUUUAAUCCAAAAUGCCAACUACAUGUGUUUGACUGCUCACUGGGUUGAUGAGAAUUGGACAUUACAAAAGCGGAUUUUGAAUUUUUCUGUAAUUGAAAACCACAAAGGAGAUACCAUCGGGAAGGAAAUUGAGGGAUGUUUAUUUAGUUGGGGAUUGAAAGAGAUGAAUAAGUCCAUUGAACUCAUUCGGCAUGCAAUAAAAUUUGUUAGAUCUUCUCCGGCUAGGCUACGUAGAUUCAAGGAGCUCAUGGGAAAGCAAAGAAUUGAUUCAAAAAGUCUACUUAGUAUGGAUUGUCCCACUAGGUGGAAUUCAACAUAUCUGAUGUUAGAAAAUGCUGUGAAGUUCAUUAAAGUUUUUAAUCGGAUGAAAGAAGAAGAUGAAGAUUACAAUGAAUACUUUAAAAAGAAAGUUGAAGAAGAACCUCCUAGUCCAUAUGAUUGGGGUGUUGCAAAAGAGUUUAUAGUCUUUUUGAAGCUAUUUUACUCCAUGACAUUGAAGUUUUCUGCAUCAAAUUUUGUGACAUCUAACACAUGUUUCCAGCAAAUAGUUGCAAUGCAAACUAAGCUUAAGACAAGUGCAACUAAUUCUAAUGCUCUAUUGGGUGACAUGGUGAGAAGAAUGCAAAGUAAGUUGGAUAAAUACUGGGGUAAGGCAGAUAGCAUGAAUCCAUUGUUGGUGAUAGCAGUGAUACUAGACCCUAGAUACAAAUUUAAAUAUGUCCAAGUUGCUUUGGAAAAUAUGUAUUCUGAGCCUAUACAACGUGAGCUGGUUACAAAAAAUAUCAUGGAUGUCUUGUAUAGCUUAUAUGGUGAAUAUUCAAAGGAUGUCUUUGAUAGUGAAGCUUCUCAAUCUCAAGCAAGAGCAGAACACGGUGAUGACAAUGUUGGGGAGAAUCAAGAUUCAAUUCCCGAUGAUGAUGUUUUGGCGGUCAUGGAUGAUGAAACAAUGAGACAAUUCUAUACAAUUGCAAGCAUUGAACGCCAAGAGGAAAAAAAUUCAGAGGUGGAUGAAUGUCUUCACGCUGAGUUAGUUGCUUCUCGUGAUCUAAAGUUUGAUGUUUUAGCUUGGUGGAAAGUGAAUGCUUUCAAGUAUAAGGUCUUGAGUUUGAUUGCACGUGAUGUGUUAGCUUCACCUGUCUCUACUGUCUCUUCAGAAUCUGCUUUUAGUACGGGAGGUCGAGUACUGGAUACUUUUAGGAGCUCCCUCUCUGCAAAAAUGGUGGAGGCACUCAUUUGUGCUCAAAGUUGGCUUUCUCAACCUACUUUCAAAUUGAAAGAGCUUGAUGUUGAUAAUUUUGAUGAGUCUGACAAUCUUAUUAUUGAGGAAGAAUCAGGGGCUCAACGUUCAACCAUCUCUAGUGAUUCUGAAGAUGACGAUGACGACGACGAUGAUCCAAUGCAAGAUUAAAUAUGUGAUGGAUUGUUUUGUUGCCUUGUUGGCUUGUGA